UCCACCCUAUUAAUAGGGUUGCUAAAAAAAAGAAACAAAAAAAAACUCAGGGAGAUUUGCAUUCAAUAUUGGCACCAACUAGUAAUAUGAUCUCUGCAAUGUUUCAAAUUAUUCACUAUCCAUUCCUAACUUCUUCUUCCUCAUCAUGUUCUUUAUCGUCGUUAUCAUAUCCUUUCACCUCCACCCCAUCGUCGAGCCUGUUGUCUGUUAGCACUAAACGACUUGCACAAUCAAAAUCCUCUGUACACUUUCAGUACCAACCUGCAAUUUGGGAUAAGCAUUUUGUUGAAUCAGUACCCAAGACUAAUUACUCGCGCGAAACAGAUAAGGAAUUACUGGUGAAGAAGAUAGAAAAACAAGUGAAGGGUUUGCUUAAGAAUGCAGUAAAACCACUGGCGAAGCUUGAGUUGAUCGAUACCAUUCAAAGACUCGGAAUGAGUUACCUUAUAGAGGAAGACAUUCUCAAAAUCCUAGAGAACAUGUACCAUGACGAUGCACAAAAGAUGAAAGAUAACUUAUAUGCAACUUCUCUCAAAUUUAGGCUUCUUAGGCAGUAUGGUUUUUAUCAAUCUCAAGAUAUUUUUGACGAAUUCAGACACGCAAGAGGUGGGUUCAAGGAAACUAUUACUCGCGAUAUAAAGGGAAUGCUGAGUUUAUUUGAAGCGGCACAUUUGCUUUUGGAAGGGGAAAUCAUCUUAAUUGAAGCGAUACUCUUCACAAGAAGACAUCUAUUAGACUUUGGAAGUAACAACGACAAGAUUAAUGUUAACCUAACUUCACAAGUUCGUCGCUCCUUAGAGACACCAUUUCACUGGAGGGUUCAAAGAUCAGAAGCUAGGUUUUUCAUUGAAGCAUAUGAGUUUCAAAAUGAUAUGAAUCCUACACUUCUUGAAUUGGCUAAAGUGAAUUUCAACAUGGUUCAGGCUCAGCAUGAGAUGGAACUCAGACGUAUAUCAAGGUGGUGGAACAACAUUGGAAUUGCAAAGAAAUUGAAUUUUGCAAGAGACCGUUUAGUUGAGUGCUUCCUAUCAAAUAUUGGGUGCUCUUGGGAGCCACGAAAUGAACGUUGCAGAGAAUGGCUCACCAAAAUCUUAAGCUUUGCUUUAGUAAUUGAUGAUAUUUAUGAUGUUUAUGGGUCAAUAGAAGAACUUGAAUUAUUUACAGAUGUUAUCGAGAGGUGGGAUUGCAAAGCCAUGGAGAAACUUCCAAAUCAUAUGAAGAUAUGUUUUUUAGCCCUCUACAACACUGUCAAUGGAAUGGCUUUCGAGAUACUCAGUGAACAACAAUUUGACAUCUUACCGCACUUAACCAAAUUGUUGGCCAAUUCAAUGAAGGCAAUGUUAACAGAAGCAAAAUGGUGCUAUAAAGUUUACGUACCAACUUUUGUCGAAUAUGUGCAAAAUGGCUCCGUUUCAUCUGUUGGAUAUGUGUUUCUAAUGGCUGCAUAUUUCAUGACGGAUCAAAAUAUUAAUGUUGGUGUGUUACAUGCCUUUGAAAACAAUCAUCCUCUUCUCUACUCCUCAUGUUUGUUGUGUCGACUUUCAAAUGAUCUCGCAACCUCUUCGAUGGAGAUAAAAAGAGGUGAAGUUGCAUCCUCCAUAUUCUGUUACAUGCAAGAAAAAAAUGUCUCGGAAAAGGAUGCUCGUGAGCACGUAAAAGGCCUAAUUAUGGAAAUGUGGAAAGAGAUGAACCGAUCCCUGUUGGAUUCCUCUCCAUUUGAUGGUUCAUUCGUUAACUUGGUUCUCAAUUUUGCAAGAACGUCUUUGUUCAUGUAUCAAUAUGGAGAUGCACUUGGUUCAGAGCAUUCAAGAAGUAUAGAGCAUGUUUUGUCUUUGAUAGUUAACCCCAUUCACAUUGAUGAUCCUACCUACAAAGAGUACUCAUCCAUCCCAGUCAUUGAUAAUAUUAAUUGCAAUCCCGUUCUCUCAGAAAGGAGAAGUUGAACUCCCAACUUUCUCAGAUUUCUUCAAAAAGGUGGCUCGAAAGGGAAUGAAGAAGAUGUUGCUAACAAGUUUACAGUUACAAAGAAAGAUUAAUUUGUUGGUGUUAUGUUUUUGUGCUUUGUUUCGAGGGGAGGGAUCCGUUGACAGAGGCUAUUUUUAUAGGUUUUGACAGCCCCAUCUUGUCCGUUAAAUGGAGAUGUAAUAAAGACUUAGAUUAUCUUUUGAUUGUAGGAAUUACUGUUUAAUCCAGUUUUUCAUGAUCCAGUUAAUGGCUAGUCCACCCGUGAAAUUAAUUUAGUCGCUAGUCUAAAAACAUGUUUUUGAACCAGAUUAUUUAGUCGUUG